CUUUUAUCCCUUUCCUUCUUCCCUCCGUCUCUCCUCCUCGCCUUCUCCGAAACCCUAAUCCCUUCCCCAAAUCCCAAUCCCCAACCCUAAUUCUCGUCCAUCUUCUCCUUAAUUCUUAUCAGAUUCCAAUCCCCCGGCGCCGGAGGCCCAGUCCGACCUCCUUGAUCGAGGGUUUGGGAGGUCUUCUGGGGAGUUGGUGGUUUGGGGUUUGGAUUUUGAGUUGUUGUGGAUGGCGGUGCUGGAGGAGUUGAUAAAGUCGGUUGAGCUUUGGUUGAAAUUGGUUAAGAAGCAGCAGCCCCUGAUAAACCCUAAUCUUGAUCCGGUUCUGCUGGUUCCGGGGAUUGCUGGUUCGAUACUGAAUGCUGUUGACGAGAAUGGGAAUGAGGAGCGUGUGUGGGUCCGGAUUCUGGGGGCCGAUCAUGAGUUCCGGUCGAAGAUGUGGUCUCGGUUUGAUCCUUCCACUGGUAAAACAGUUUCUUUAGAUGAAAAAACAAAAAUCAUUGUGCCUGAAGAUAGGUAUGGGCUAUAUGCAAUCGAUGUGUUGGACCCUGACAUGAUUGUUGGAUGUGAUAAUGUCUGCUAUUAUCAUGAUAUGAUUGAGGAAAUGAUCAAAUGGGGAUACCAAGAGGGUAAAACCCUCUUUGGAUUUGGAUAUGAUUUUCGACAGAGUAACAGGCUUCAGGAAACUCUAGAUAAGUUCUCUGAAAAAUUAGAGUCAAUUUAUACAUCAUCUGGAGAAAAGAAGCUGAACAUUAUAACUCAUUCAAUGGGCGGGCUGCUGGUGAAAUGCUUUAUGUGUCUGCACAGCGAUAUUUUUGAGAAAUAUGUGAAUAGCUGGAUUGCGAUUGCUGCACCAUUUCAAGGUGCACCUGGAUACAUUACAAGUAGCCUCUUGAAUGGAAUGUCCUUUGUGGAAGGGUGGGAAGGGAAUUUCUUCAUUUCCAAAUGGAGUAUGCAGCAGCUGCUGAUCGAAUGUCCGUCCAUAUAUGAGUUGAUGGCCUGCCCUGAUUUUUCUUGGGAUAUUGUUCCUCUUUUGCAACUAUGGGCAGAGAAGCAGGAUGGUUCUGGUGAAUUUAGUACCAUGCUGGAGUCAUACGAACCAUCUGAAGCUAUAAUUUUAAUGAAUAAAGCUCUCUCAGGAAACAUGGUUACAUACGAUGGGAUGCAGCUUUCCUUGUCAUUCAACCUAGAAAUUUUGAAAUGGGCAAAUGAAACUCGCAAAAUUUUAUCAAAUGCUAAACUUCCUGCAUCAGUAAAAUUUUAUAAUAUAUAUGGGAUCAACGAGGCGACACCUCAUACUGUUUGCUAUGGGAGUGAAGAAGCACCUAUUUCAGAUCUAGAGCAACUAUUGUCUGCCCAGGUAAAAUAUAUUUGCGUUAAUGGUGAUGGGACAGUUCCAGCAGAAUCAGCGAAGGCAGAUGGGCUAGAUGCAGUGGCAAGAGUUGGAGUUCCUGCUGAUCAUCGCGGAAUAGUUUGCGACAGAUAUGUGUUCAGAAUUCUCCAGCAGUGGCUGAAGGCAGGAGAACCAGAUCCUUUCUAUAACCCUCUGAACGAUUAUGUAAUCCUCCCCACUGCCUUCGAGAUUGAACAGCAUCGUGAGGAAAGCAUGCAGGUCACUUCUCUCAAGGAAGAAUGGGAAAUCAUAUCCUCUGCAAACGAUGGUUCUCAUAGCAAAUCAGCUGAUCUUCCUGCCAUGAUGGGAUCUUUAUCUGUAUCUUGUGAGGGUAAAGAGCAGCCUCUGGAAGAGGCCCAGGCCACUGUUGUUGUUCACCCGCAACAUGAAGGCAGACAGCAAGUGGAAGUUAGAGCUGUGAGUGUUUCCACGGGUGCAUAGCCAAAUGAAAUACAUCACCCAUUCUAAAUUAGAAUUGCAUGGAUAUAUUGUGACAUCAAUGUAUAUUGUAAAUAGUUGUGGGAUAAAACCCACCCGACCUGCUCUAAGAUAUAUACAAGCUGAAUCCAGGCGAGAACAGACCUAGAUUUAAACAAGCUAAAUGUAAAUGUAUGGAAAUGUCAGGACAUAUCUAUGCACAUGUUGCAGGUUAUUCCGUUG